AUGACGGACCAGGACGACACAGAUAACGGAGUCCACACUGAAGCCUCUUCAGGUCAUUCAAACCCCAUCAAGACUUUAAGGACUCACAAUGAGCUUCACAAGGAGCUGCUACUGGCCCACAAGAGGGGUCUGGCUCUGAGCAGCAGAUCAGAGCUUCAGCAGGUACUAGAGAGGAGGAAGAGGGUGCAGAGUGACCAGGAAGAGGUGGGACAGAGCAGGACUCCUCUGGAAGAUGUGCUCUUGAGACGUCAGCAGAAACAACUUGAGAGGGCGAAGGAACAAGAGGAGAAGCUACAAGAGGAAGCCCAGUUGAUGGAGUUUGUUAGAGUCCGACAGAACCUCAGAAAGAUCCACUCAGUGAUCCAGAACAAGACUGCGCAUUUCUGA